AUGGCAAAGAAAAUAUCGAAACACUCAAGAGCUGCAAGAAGAUCUGAAUUUGAAAUUGACUCAGGAGUUAAGGACCUAGAGAGUCUACCAAGAGCUGAAAAGACUGAUUUGUCCAAUAUCUUAAUUAGAACAGCAGCAAAGAAUGAAGCAUUAUUAGACGCUAAAAUCCAAAAGAAACAAGACAGAAAGAAGUUUUUCAGAGAAAAAUAUACUAAGAAGACUUUAGAGAAAAAACUUCAGGAAGCAUUAAACAAUGAUGAUAAGGAAAGAUUAGAACAUGCCCUAAAUAUAACAAAUAGACUAGAUGGGAAAGUAUCAAGAUCUAUAGCGCGUGCUAAGUACGUUCAAAGUUCAAGGAAGGCUAACUGGGAUCAAACUAACGAGAUUAUCAAGCGUAAAUUGAAUAAUGCUUCUAUUUUAGAUAAGGCACAAACAAAGAAGAAUAAUAAUGAAGAUGAAGAGCUGGAUGAUGAACCAUUUGACGAAGAAGAUGAAAAGAAAAUCCAAAAGAAUACUCCACAAAACAUGUUUGGUUUGUUAAAUACAGAUGUUGAAGAAUAG